UCACCACACCACUAUCACGACAAUUCUCUACUAUCUGCAGAGUUUGUUCUCUCUGAAAAAAAAAGAAAAGAAAAGAAUUACUUGUAAUUGGAAAACCUUCUUUAAUUCUCUCUUGUUUCUUCUGGGUACAUUGCAAUUUCGUGCUAUUUUUCCCAGCUCUUUUUGUCAAAGUUGUCUUUUUUAUGCAUAUAAUGUAACUGCAAAACAGCUACAAUCUUAAUGCCCAUUCACUCAAAACCGAUUUAAAUCACUCCAUUUCACAUUUCGAAUUAUGGGCUGUCGCUAAUUUUUCGGGUUACUUGUUUUUUUUUCUUGUUUUGCCAUGCCCAAUUUCUUGAACUUGUACUAAAGCAGCGAAAAUAAGUUUCUGAAAAUAAAUGGGUACUCGCUAAGUUUUUUGUUUUUUAAUUUGCGGGGUUUGAAAUUUCUAAAGCUUCUGUUGCAUAAAUUUCGACCAUGUAAAUGAUCUUAAGGCAUUAGUUUUGCAUUUUGUUCGGGUUUGAUCGCAAUUUGGUGAUAAGUAGUUAUUGAGGAGAGAAUUUUGUUAGUUGAUGGAACCGAGCUUUAUUGAAGUCAGCUGUUAGUUUACAAUCUCUCCAAAUGGCAAGAAUCUCCCUAUUUCGUUGAUUAUGAUUCUUGCUCAGUAUGACAUUCUCUUUCAUAAAAAAUUAACAGAGUUUCUCAUAUGGAAUCUAAGUAGCCAAGUAUAUUUUUGUGUGGAAUUCAGUUGAGAAUUCUAUCCUUACCCUGUUUGUGAUUCAUUGCUAACCAAUUCUUUUGUUCUUUUUAAAGGGCUUUUUCUAUAUUCGGUUAAAAUGUAAAGUUCUUGAAUUCUUGAUACGAUUUUCUUCUAGCGCCUCUUCAAAAGUUUAUGAUGAGUAUAUAAAAAAAAUCAAUGCUUCCUUAGUUCAUGAAUAGUCUUUGCUUAUGCAAAUCUAGUUAUAGGAUUGUUGCCCCGUCAAAUCUCAUCAAAUUCAUGCCCAAUUUAGUGCCUCUUUAAAUACUCAAAAAAUAAGAACUGCUCUGUAAAAAUAAGAACUGCUCUGUUUUGGUAUAUUUGGGAUUAUCAUGGAAGAGACUUUUGUUCCUUUUCGUGGAAUAAAAAAUGAUCUGAAAGGGAGACUUCUAUGCUACAAACAAGACUGGAGUGGUGGACUACGUGCAGGUAUCAGGAUCUUGGCUCCAACAACAUACAUAUUCUUUGCAUCAGCAAUUCCGGUUAUAUCUUUUGGAGAGCAACUGGAAAGAAAUACUAAUGGAACCUUGACAGCUGUGCAAACACUUGCAUCAACAGCACUUUGUGGUGUAAUCCACUCGAUCAUUGGUGGACAACCACUUCUCAUACUUGGUGUUGCUGAACCAACAGUGUUAAUGUACACAUUCAUGUUCAAUUUUGCUAAAGAUCGAAAAGAUUUGGGGGAGAAAUUAUUUUUAGCCUGGACAGGAUGGGUGUGCGUAUGGACGGCCCUUUUGCUUUUCUUGCUGACCAUCUUGGGUGCAUGCUCUAUUAUCAACCGAUUUACACGCUUGGCUGGUGAAUUGUUUGGUCUUUUGAUUGCAAUGCUCUUUAUGCAGCAGGCAAUUCGUGGAGUUGUGGAGGAGUUUGGAAUUCCAAAGAGAGAAAAUCCGAACGAGACUGCAUUUCAGCCUUCUUGGCGCUUUGGAAAUGGAAUGUUUGCAUUAGUUCUGUCCUUUGGCCUUCUUCUUACUGCACUGAAGAGCCGUAAAGCUAGAUCCUGGCGAUAUGGAACAGGAUGGCUUCGGGGAUUUAUCGCUGACUACGGUGUCCCACUCAUGGUGCUUGUGUGGACUGCUGUAUCUUAUAUACCGGCUAAUGAUGUUCCACAAGGGAUACCAAGGCGACUAUAUAGCCCAAAUCCAUGGUCUACUGGUGCAUACUCAAAUUGGACAGUCGUAAAGGAAAUGCUGAAUGUGCCUCUACUAUAUAUUAUUGGAGCUUUUAUUCCCGCAACAAUGAUUGCUGUCCUUUACUAUUUCGAUCAUAGUGUUGCAUCUCAACUUGCCCAGCAAAAUGAAUUCAAUCUAAAGAAGCCUGCUUCUUAUCACUAUGACCUUCUUCUAUUGGGAUUCUUGGUCAUACUAUGUGGUCUUAUCGGCAUCCCUCCGUCCAAUGGAGUUAUUCCACAAUCUCCCAUGCAUACAAAAAGUUUGGCGACUCUUAAACAUCAGCUUUUGCGAAAUAAGCUUGUAUCGACAGCUCGGAGCAGCAUACAGAAAAAUGCAAAUUUAUCUCAGUUGUAUAGGAGCAUGCAAGAAGCUUACAACGAAAUGCAGACUCCUCUUGUUUAUCAAAGUCCACAAGCUCUGGGGCUGAAAGAGUUGAAAGACUCCACGGUCCAACGGGCCUCGAGUAGUGGAUACAUGGACGCGCCAGUUGAUGAGACUAUUUUUGAUGUCAAUAAGGAUAUUGAUGAUCUUUUACCUGUGGAAGUUAAAGAACAACGACUCAGCAAUCUGCUUCAGGCAUUAAUGGCUGGGAGUUGUGUUGCUGCUAUGCCUCUUUUAAAAAGAAUUCCGACUUCAGUCCUCUGGGGGUACUUUGCUUUCAUGGCAAUUGAAAGUUUGCCUGGAAAUCAAUUCUGGGAGCGAAUAUUAUUGCUUUUUACUGCUCCAAGUCGAAGAUACAAGGUGUUAGAGGAUUAUCACGCUACCUUUGUUGAGACAGUACCUUUUAAAACAAUUGCCCUCUUCACUAUAUUUCAAACGACAUACUUGCUUUUGUGCUUUGGCAUAACAUGGAUUCCAAUAGCUGGCGUCCUUUUCCCAUUGUUGAUUAUGAUUCUCGUCCCAGUGAGACAGUAUUUACUUCCCAAGUUUUUCAAAGGAGCACAUUUACAAGACUUGGAUGCUGCUGAGUAUGAAGAGGCCCCUGCUAUAAAUUACAACUUAUCCUUCGAAAAUCAAAGCGCACAGGCACGAGUCACCAAUAUUGAUAGUGUUGAGAUUCUCGAUGCGAUCAUGACAAGAAGUCGUGGUGAGAUACGACAAGCAAGCAGCCCAAAAGUAACAAUUUCCACUCAAUCGCCGCACAAGGAAAUGAAGUCUGUUUAUAGCCCGCCUUUGUCUCAAAGGGAAUACAGCCCUCGACAAGCAUGCAGCCCAAAAGUAACAAUUUCCACCCAAUCGCCACACGAGGAAAUGAAGUCUGUUUAUAGCCCACCUUUGUCUCAAAGGGAAUACAGCCCUCGACUGAAGGAAAUGAGGACCCAAAGAAACACUAUAUCUGGUGGAAAAGGACUAGAAAUAAAGCAAACUCCUAGUUCUCAGCCAUCUUUACAUAGCCAAGGCAGUCGUGGUUCACCUCGACCUGAUACUGUUUGAACUGUUCUCUUAGUAAUCUUGUUACUGUUGUUACUAAUAAUUUAAAGUUCAUUUAUGUAUUUUCAAUUUUUAUAAAGUAUUUGGUUGUCUAACUUUUCGACCUAGUAUAUUUUGCUUGUGUCGCGUAUUUCUUGUAUCGAUACACGCGGAAGAUUAUUUUAUAAUAAUGCAAAUAUGUUAAUCAAUGCA